AUGGCGGCUGCUGGUCCCAGCGUCUUCCUACUCAUGGUCAAUGGACAGGUGGAGAGCGCCCAGUUCCCCGAGUAUGAUGACCUUUACUGCAAGUACUGCUUCGUGUAUGGGCAGGACUGGGCCCCUACAGCGGGUCUGGAGGAGGGGAUCUCGCAGAUCACAUCCAAAAGCCUAGAUGUGCGACGAGCGCUGGUGUGGAACUUUCCCAUCAAUGUCACCUUUAAAAGUACCAAUCCUUAUGGCUGGCCACAGAUUGUGCUCAGUGUGUACGGACCGGACGUGUUUGGGAACGACGUAGUCCGAGGCUAUGGGGUGGUACAUGUGCCCUUCUCACCUGGCCGGCACAAAAGGACCAUCCCCAUGUUUGUUCCAGAAUCUACAUCUAAACUACAAAAGUUUACAGGCUGGUUCAUGGGUCGGCGGCCCGAGUAUAUAGAUCCCAAAGUGGUGGCUCAAGGUGAAGGCCGGGAAGUGACCCGAGUCCGCUCCCAGGGCUUCGUCACCCUCCUCUUCAAUGUGGUCACCAAGGACAUGAGGAAGCUGGGCUACGACACCGGGCCUGUGGACUCACAGGGUAUUGUGGGGCCCAGCCCAGCCCAGAAUAUCCUUUGGUGAGGGGUC